UCUGCAUGGUCAAAAUUAUAUGUGUCCUGAACAAAAUCAGCAGUUACAUCUUGGGCUCACUUGUGCAAGCAUCAUCGGAAUCUUCAAAGGAAGUCUUACCUGAGAGUUAAUUGGAUUGAUCACCUGUCCAUGAUAGGCACGUCUUCAAGAAGCAUGUUCCCAUCGCUACACAUCAGUGCGUCUGGAUUGUGCGAGAGAGGUUCGGCUCGUCACCCCUCGGAUCUGGAAGCGAGCUUCCCUCAGCCAGCGAUACGAGCUCCCCAACCGAGCACCAGCGUGUCGGAGACACGACCAAGUCUCACCAACGUGUCACUGGGCGCUGUCGGAGGCGGCGCUCUCCAACCCUUCCACAAUCUGCCGUUCUGUGGCCCAUCCAUAUCAGGACCUUCUAGUGCCCUAGCGCUCCCCUCCCCUCUCCUUCACUACCCGUCACUCUACCCAGGACAGGCCGGGGACCUCAAGCAUAUCAGUUUCACCCACUAUCAAGCUGUCAACCAGGCAGCUUUCGCGACAGAGAUGUCCAAACUCAAGUCUCCGUUCAUUAACAGGAACUAUCUUGAACUGGCAAUGCUGGUCUGUAAUACCUUCAGAGGGAAGCUGUUUCCUUGCCCUCAUUGUCGAUACGUCACGGACCGACGUAACAACCUGAAGAGACACAUCUCCACAAUGCACCAAGCUUGUGACAAGGUUCUUGAAUGCUGCGGUGUUCACUUCACCACCAAGGCUUCUCUUCGCGAACACAUAAUGAUCUUUCACCACAACGGUUACUCCUGCCCAUAUUGCGGAAGGCGGUUUUGCCGGAAGGCGCUCCUAAAGCGCCAUCUGUCGGUACACAGUGGCCAGAAAGACUACACCUGCCCCCACUGCGACUAUGCUACCAGUCACAAGAGCAACUUGGAACGACACAAAAGAAUCCAUGACCGUCUCCGAAUGGGCGACGACGGAGACAAAACUGACGAAUUCAUCGACCCCUGUUCCCCAAGCUACGCACCUGACACGACUGGGACGCAUUGUCAAGAAAAAGAUGAUGACGUAUGCGAGAUCGUCGAUGACGUCAGUGACGACGAUGACCUUGACCUUGAUGACGAGGACAUUGAUGCAUGCUCGACCAUGUGUCCCCCGAUGAACAUUUUUGCAAAACCUAUGGACUUGUCAGAUGUUUCGAAGAUGCACCCGAAGCCUGAGAUAUCCCAUGCUGCCUCAUCAUCCAAAGUCACGAGCAUUUCCGAAAUUGUUAACUUGUCAAUGCCGAACAAAACACCGGAUAGUUCUCAAGCAGUUUAAUUGUCUCAUUUCAAAUUUCAUUCCAUGAGUUAUAAUGUAGCAAAGCAGUAGACAAGUUACAGAAAUAAAUACAUGGGGGUUCUAGAUACGUGAAUAUUGUUAGUCCAACGCAUUGCUUCUAUUUGAGAACACUACACAAUAAUUUUUUGUAAUGUGACACAGUGACAAACACCAACUUGUGUCUGUCGUAGUGUUGACAUAAUAGUGUACUAAAUACUUAUGGACUGAAAACUAUAGGCCGUCACAAUGUCAAAUUACCAUUUUUAUUUAACGUUUUAAGAUCAUGGAACAUUUUGAGAUGCUUCAAUAACGUCACGUCUUGCAAUGACCAAGUAUGAAGUUCCUGUCCAUGACACCAAACAUGUGUUUAAAUUAAUCAUACAUUCGGCUGAGAUUUAUUAACGCCCAGUUUAGUGGAGUACGUUAAGAUAUGAAAUAGAAUUAGUUUACAAUUUACAUCAUGUGAUUGUGAAGUUCUUGCAUGUAUUGAGUUUGAUGUUAAAAGUAUUGAAGCAUGAUCAUAGAGUACCAUCUUGAGACACGACUAGAAAUACUUCUGCAUGAUGAGAUAUUCAUUUGUAAUGCAUGUAUUAUAUUUUGAUGUACAUAUGUGUUAUUUAUUAGAAUUGUAAAUAAACAGUUGUGUAUUGACAGUAAUAAAGCAACAAGAAAAUA